UUUAUAAACCAUCUUCACACCUUUUACAAACCAUCCUCAGUUCAUCUUACAUUCUAUCAAGUUUUCCAUUUAAAUACGCGUACAAGUUUUACUAUAUCAUCUGUAAAAAUGGCAGAUUACAUGCAACACGGUGGUCAGCACAUGACCUCGAGCCAGUACCCAGGGCAGCAGCAGCAGCCACGAGCUCAUCAGGUGAUCAAGGCGGCCACCGCGAUAACAGCAGGCGGAUCGCUCUUAGUACUUUCCGCACUAACGCUAGCAGGAACCGUGAUUGCCUUGACUAUAGCCACGCCGUUGCUGGUGAUAUUCAGCCCGGUGUUGGUGCCAGCAGCCAUCACAGUUGUGCUGUUGAUCUGUGGGUUUUUGUCCUCGGGUGGGUUCGGGGUCGCGGCGUUGUCGGUGUUGGCUUGGAUAUACAGGUACAUGACGGGACACCACCCGCCCGGGUCUGAUCAGUUGGAGCAAGCGAGGAUGAAGCUGUCGGGUAAGACGAGGGAUGCUAGAGAAAAGGGUGAACACUUUGUUCAGCAGGCAACCGGAGGAACUCAUGCUACUCAGCAGAGUUCUUGAUUUCCAAGUAUAAAUAAUUAAGGUUCGUUGUUGGAUGGUGCUACCUAGCUAGCUAAGUUGAAGUUUAUGGCCUUCAAUAAGAACUUUGACGUCGGAUCGAAGAAAAUGGCCUGGUGAUCGAUGAGGGGGUAUGGUUAGGUUUUGGGGGAAUAAUUGAAGUAUUUAUUUUGAGGGUUUAUAGAUUGUGCUUUAAUUAGUUUGUAAUUGUGCCUUUUUUUUUUUUUUUUUUUUUUUUUUUUUUGGUAUGUUGAAUUUCAUUCCCCUUUUAGUUAUGGUUAAUUUCUGUGGUUUUAUCA